AUGAAGAUUCGGGGCAAAAACAUUCUGCUUGUGUUGUUAUGGGCUUUCGCUUUUGCAGGGUUUGAAGUAAAUUGCUUAUCCUACGAUUACACAGCCAGUAUUGAGUGUUUGGCAAAGCCUCACAAACCACAAUAUCGCGGAGGAAUCAUUGUAAACUCGGAACUAAAUGAUGGCCUGAAGGGAUGGUCUGCUUUCGGCAAUGCAAAAAUACAACACCGACAUUCAGAAGGCAACAAAUUCAUUGUGGCAUAUGGUAGAAACCAGCCACAUGACAGUAUUUCUCAGAAGACCUACUUGCAUAGAAACAAGCUCUACACCUUCUCUGCUUGGAUACAAGUGAGUAGCGGUAGUGCUCCGGUGACAGCAAUUUUCAAGACGAGUAGCGUAUUUGUACAUGCUGGUGCAAUUGUAGCUGAAUCCGGUUGCUGGUCCAUGCUCAAGGGUGGCCUGACUGUCAAUGCCACGGGUCCUGCCGAGCUCUACUUUGAGAGCAAGAAUGCAUCUGUUGGAAUCUUUGUUGAUAGCAUCUCCUUACAACCAUUCACUGAGAAGCAGUGGUAUUCUCAUCAACAACAAAGCAUUGAGAAGAUUCGUAAGACGAAUGUGAGAGUUCGAGCAGUCGAUGAGCAAGCAAAUCCACUAGAAAAUGCAACAAUAACCAUCCAACAAAGGGCUGCAGGCUUCCCUUUCGGCGUCGCAAUCAACAAGAACAUCUUAACCAACACGGCCUACCAAAACUGGUUCACUUCAAGGCCCUUCACAGUCACGACAUUCGAAGAUGAAAUGAAAUGGUACAGCACGGAGCCUUCUUGGGGCCGUGAGGACUACUCCGCUGCUGAUGCCUUGCUUCAGUUUGCAAAACAACACAAGAUUGCAGUCCGAGGCCACAACGUGUUCUGGGACGAUCCUCAUUACCAGCCCAGUUGGCUCAACUCCCUCUCUGGCCGACAAUUCUCUGAUGCCACGUACAAGAGGCUCAAUUCUGUCAUGGGAAGAUACAAGGGACAAGUCAUUGCUUGGGAUGUUUGUAACGAAAAUUUGCACUUUAACUUCUUUGAGAGUAAGAUGGGUGCAAAUGCUUCAGCUGAAUUUUACAAUUGGGCUAGUAAAGCCGAUGGAACAACCACAUUGUUUUUGAAUGACUACAAUACCAUUGAGGAGAGUGGAGAUCAAGAUUCGACACCAGCUAAGUACCUUCAGAAGCUGCGAGACAUACAAGGGUUUCCUGGUAACGAAAAUGUGAAGAUGGCGAUUGGUCUCGAGUCACAUUUCAACACUCCUAACAUUCCUUACAUUAGAUCUUCUAUUGAUACUCUUGCUGCUGCAAAGGUGCCGAUUUGGAUUACAGAAUUGGACGUCAGUAGUAGUCCCAAUCAGGCAUCAUACUUGGAGCAGAUUCUUAGGGAAGUGCAUGCUCACCCUCAGAUUCAAGGCAUUGUGAUUUGGUCCGCAUGGAAACCUUGGGGCUGCUACAGGAUGUGUUUGACGGACAACAAUUUCAAGAACUUGCCCACCGGUGAUGUUGUUGACAAGCUCUCACAUGAGUUUGGUUUAACUUCUGACGAAAUGUUUGGCACGACGGAUGCUAAUGGUUUCUUCGAGGCCUCCCUUUUCCAAGGCGACUACGAAGUGAAAAUUACUCAUCCUUUCGUAAACCCCACCUUGGUUUGGGGUUUGAAUGUGGCACCAUCUGUCGAGUCCCAGCAACAAAUGCAGCUUCAAGUUAAUGUUUUGAGUUCUGUUCACUAG